AUGGCGUCGCAGCCGCCGCCUCCCAAGCCCUGGGAGAACCGGCGGCUGGCGGGCACCGUGGCGCCGGCCUUCCAGUCUGCUGACUUGGGUGACAACCUGCUGACCAGGCCUGGACAACCCACCGUUGCACGAAUACCUCCACCUAUUUUGCCAAGACCAUCGCAGCAAACGGGAAGCAGUAGUCUGAGCACUUUCAGGCCAGCAUAUAGUAGUUCCUUUUCUCCAGGCUAUGGUUCAUAUGGAACCUCUUUUUAUGGAAGCUAUAGUCCUUACAGUUACGGAUAUGGUGGUUUGGGUUAUAACCGCUUUCGUGCAGAUGAUAUUCCUCCCAGCAGGUUUGUUCAGCAGGCUGAAGAGAGCAGCAGAGGUGCAUUUCAGUCCAUUGAAAGUAUUGUGCAUGCCUUUGCCUCAGUCAGCAUGAUGAUGGAUGCUACCUUUUCAGCUGUGUACAACAGUUUCAGAGCUGUGUUGGAUGUAGCCAAUCACUUCUCCCGCCUCAAAGUACACUUCACAAAGGUGUUUUCGGCUUUUGCUUUAGUGAGAACUAUAAGAUACCUCUACCAACGUCUACAACGAUUACUGGGUCUGCGGAAGAGCUCUGAGAAUGAGGAUUUGUGGGCUGAAAGUGAGGGGACAGUAGCUCGUGUUGGCCUUGAAGACAAGGCGGCUAACUCUGCAAAAUCCUGGCCCAUUUUCUUGUUCUUUGCUGUUAUAAUGGGAGGUCCCUAUCUGAUUUGGAAACUGCUUUCUACAUACAGUGACGAAGAACCAGUAUCUAGUAACUGGGCGAGUGGAGAAGAUGAUCAUGUAGUUGGAAGAGCAGAAUAUGAUUUCAAUGCGCUCUCAGAAGAAGAAAUUUCUUUCCGUGCUGGUGACAUGCUAAAAUUAGCACCCAAAGAACAACAACCCAAAAUCCGUGGUUGGCUUUUGGCUAGUUAUGAUGGCCAAACAACAGGACUUGUGCCAGCUAAUUACGUCAAAAUCCUGGGCAAAAGAAGAGGUAGGAAAACAGUGGACAUGGAAAGGAUUACAGAGCAACGGCCAGCCUUUACCAGCACAUCUGUUAGAGGAUCCACUGCUGCUGUGACUUUAGAGGAGCAGGAAGCUGCUUUUGAUUCUGUUUUUGCUGGAAGUAAUAAAGUUCCUGUUGCAUCUGACUCCACUGUGGUUAGUGGAGAGAAACAGGAACUCUAAUGCACUUUCAUCAACAAAGCAACUGAACUGUGCUUUAUUGAUAAAACUUAGGGUUUGUUGAAAAUCUGUAUUGUAGUGGAACACUGAUGGGUCUGUACCAGUUAUUGCUGCUACUGACUGGUGAAGGGAUGGAGAAAUGGUUGCUCAAAUUUGUAGUAUUUAUUUUUGACUCACCUAAGGCUGUACGUUAGUGAUUCUACCCAACCACCUGGCAGGAACUCUUAAGAUCUUGAGACGAGGAGAACUGAGGCAUUUAUAACAAAGCAAACAAACAAACAAAAAAAUAGGGACUGCCAGCCUGUUCUUGUUAAGGAGACAAACUGUUGGUGAAAUCUGGAGAUUAACAUCCAGUCGGAUGGAAUGUCGGCUUGACAAGAGGCCUCUUCAACAGAUGUGCAAAGGGAAGAUAGAUUUCUGUAAGAUGUCCUCCAAAACUGGACGCUGAGGGCCAUUAAAUAGUAAUAGUGCGUUGUUUCCCCCUGAAAGGAGGGAGAAUUGCAAGAGAUUUAGGCGAUACAACUGAAUCAUUAGAAGUUCUAAGUUGCUUGCUUUUUGAAAGAAGUAGGGCUUCUGUCAUAAAGACCUUAGCUCUUAUAAAAAAGGGACUUGUGAGAAAGGGAGGAGAAAUACAGUUUACAAAGGAAGAGCAGUGAGGCUUCAGCAGUAGGUGUAACCAGUUCUCUUUUGUUUGUUAAAAGAACAUUAGAAUAAAGGAUAUCCUGCAGUCAGGCACUUUCCAGUGCACUUAUUAGUUGUUACUCCCUUCUGUGGUAAACUAACUUUGCAUCACUCCUCGCCAUUUUGUGUUGUAGCCUGUUAACUGCCUAUCGAUAGUCUAUCAACUACCAUCUGCAUCUCAACUUAUUUCUGUUCUUUAUUGUUUUUAUAUGAAUGUCAAAAUAUCUAUCCUGCCUUUUAGUUCAGUAGGAAAGCACUGGGUUGGGGGAAGUUUAAGGUAAUUCGAGUGGCAAAGAAAAAGUAACAUUUCUUGCUUAAUUGUCUCAGUUAGCUAAGGUCUUGGAGUUAACUCUUUAUGCUGCCUUUCAGGUGGUAAGUUUUGCAUCUGCCCAUAGAAAUGGAGGGCUCUGGUUUAUCAAAAGCCAUAAAAACAUUAAGACUGUUCAAAGUAUUUAGUAUUUUCUUCAUAUUGGUGUUUGAGAAUUCUGUAUUGAAAUACUGUUUUGGCUUUUUUUUUUUUUUAAUGAAGCAAAGAUAAUUAAAACUUUUUUCCUUGUAGUAUAUAUGUAUAACAUGUUGAGCUUCUGAAGGUUAGAGCAAUGGAUAAAAUAACUAAAGCUUGUCUUUAAUCAUUAAAGUAGCUUUUCUUUUUUAUUUUGAAGGUAUUCAAAAGUAUUAGUAAAAGUAGGUCACGUGCCUUUGCUUAAUUAAUCCAGUGGUUUCGGUUUGACUGUUUCUACAGAGAUCUUCAACACCCAUUAUGUGUUAGCAAAGCUUUCAGUAUUUAUACUUUAAUUGCAUUUGCUGGCCUUGAGUUCUUAGAAUUCUGUUCACCACAACAAAACUCUGACAAGAAAAAUUGGAAGUGAGCACAGUUUUAUUGAGGUAGAGUGGCUGAAAAGACAUAUUAUGCUGGAACCUUGGAUUUUAAAGGAAUCUUUUUUUAAUGCCUGUUGUUGAUAAUUAGAGCAAGAAUUUAAGUGGUUGUGCUCAGGUAUUGGGAGAUGGUGUGAAGAAUCAUUUUUACUAGAUCGUUAGAUCUUCAAGUGCAGAGGAAAAGGAAAGAGUAGUUAAAGGGCAAAUGAGAAACUUGAAACUAGGUUUACUAGGUUUAAAACAGAACAUGUUCCUGAGACAUUUCCCUGUGUACCAGGGCAUUGAAGAAAAUUAUCUAUAUUUGGAAAUGACAUCUGUUGUUGAAAUAAAAAUAGUAAACAAUCCUGAAAUAUAAAAUACCCCCCUCCUCUUUUUUCCUCUAUGUAUCAAGUGUACAGUUCUGCUUACAGUGUGUAUUCCUGGAUGGAAUUAAUUUACUGUUGUGAGAUUUAAUUAAUGGACUGUCAGCCUGUCUUGUGUCAGUGACAGAUUUCAAUCAAAGGAAGGGUCUUUUAAAUAAAUGAAUAAAUAAACCCCAACCUUUUUGUAGAGUAUCCAUUCAAGUUCUGUUUUCCUGCUCAGAACAAGUUGGGAAAACAGUACCAUGGUGUUUGUUGGAAUCUUUAAAUCUUACUAAUUUUUAGAAAGAUGAGUUUAAUUUCACUUUCAGGUCAUACUAUUUUGAAAACAAUUCUUUUAGUAGGAAGAUAGGUUAUUAAUAACUUAACUGACUUGUCUUUAUAGUAGUUUGACUUAGUCUACUAGUCACUCUCAUAACUGUAUCUGCUAAAUCUUGACAGGAAUUUUGAUCCUUUCAAUCUUGUGAUUACUUUAAUGGGAAAAGAAGGCUCUGAGGAAAUGAAGUAAGUUAUUUAACUCACAAUUAAUUGUACUGAUUGCAGAAGAGUAUUAAAAUUCAUUGAAGUAAAAUAUAUACUGCGCUUUAAGAUUUGGAUUUUUUUUUUUUAAUGCACGAACUAGCAUCAGGAAAAAAAUGAGUCCUACAGUUUCAUUGUCUAUGUUUCUGCCCAUAUGUCAGGCUACAGAAAAAACAUCUAAAUGAAUGCUGAUUGAAAAAGGGAGGCUGGUUGACAGGCUGCUCAAGACUUGCACAACUUUAGAAAGGUGAGAAGAAUAAAAGGAGCAGGUAUGGCUGCAACAGGAGUAUGUAGAGGAGGAGAUCAGAAAAGAGAUGCUGCUGAAAUAUUGCUAAACUUAUGCAUUAGGCAAUUGACUCUUGUUUGAAGAUCUGUACAUACCAAGUUACCUUUAUGUUAUUCUUCGGAACUACUUAUAUACCUGUAGCAGACCUAGAAGUCCGUAACAGACCUAUCACACUUGUUUAUAUAAGGCUUUAGUUUAAUCUUUCUCGAAUCUUAUUGAUACUGUUUCGUAUACCAACCAUUUUAUGCUUGAAUACUAUCUGAACUAAUGACAGAUGCCAGUUUUGACUGGUUCUCUGGGUGCUAGCAGUACGUGAACAUGCACA